UCAAAGCUGACGUUCGGUCAAAGUCAAACCUAACUUCAUUGGACCACUGUUGUUGUUGAAUGUGAUAAUAAGGAGAAACAAACAACAAUUAUUAAUAAACCGUGAAUUAAUUAAUAAUAUUUUACUAACAAAACAAUUUCCUUCUGAACAAAAGUAAACUACAAUGAUAAUCCCAGUGCGCUGUUUCACCUGUGGCAAAGUUAUAGGAAACAAAUGGGAGGCAUACCUUGGCUUAUUGCAAGCAGAAUAUACUGAAGGUGAUGCUCUUGACGCCCUCGGUUUGAAAAGGUAUUGUUGCCGGCGAAUGUUACUUGGUCACGUGGAUUUGAUUGAGAAAUUACUUAAUUAUGCUCCGCUCGAGAAGUAAUUACUAAACUUUCCAUUGUUGAAAUAUAUCCAGUUAAUUGAUGUACCAGAAACGGCCUUCACUAUGUGAUAAAUUUCAUAGUAAUGAAGAUAUAAUAUAAUUUUUUUAAUUUUUAUCUAAAGUCUUGUGAUGUACUCGUGUGUUAAUUGUAAAAAGUACUUCAGUGACAAGAUAAACUAAUUAAGAUAA